GAGACGGGUGAUGAGCGACUUUUCGUGAGUUUGACCUACGACACCCUCGACGUCAAAACCCAAAUCGACCGUGUCCGCUCCCCCAAAGCCGGCGCAAUCGUCCUCUUCUCCGGUACAACCCGCGACAACUUCGAGAACAAACCCGUCACGCACCUCUCCUACGAAUCCUACACCCCCCUCGCCCUCACAUCCCUCACUCACAUCGCCACCACCGCUCUCCAACGCUGGAAUUUGGAGGGGGUGGCGGUGACGCAUAGACUGGGAACGGUAGGGGUGGGCGAGGAGAGUAUCUUGAUUGCGGUUAGUUGUGGGCAUAGAAAAGAGUCAUUUGAGGCUGGGGAGUGGGUGCUUGAGGAGGUCAAGAAGAGGGCGGAGGUUUGGAAGAGGGAGGAGUAUGGGGUUGUCGGGGAGGGGGCGAAGUGGAAGGAGAAUUUUGAGGGUGCG